CGUAACAAUAUUCCGUGUCCAUUUGAAUUGUAAAACAUAACCAAACAAUUUGUUGUGUAUAAACUGAACGGACGGUUGUGUUCGAUUCUUAUUCGAAUAAAUGUCAAUGGAAAGCGCGACGAAUUCAAUCAUUACAACGCAAAACCAACAAUAACAAUCAUCCAGAAACACAUACAAAUAAGAUGGAAAUCGUAUUUUUCUCGCUCAUAACAAUUCGAUAGGCCAAGAUAUUAUACAUUCGAACACCACAUCGAAUGACACAUCUCUUCUCUUAUUUGUGUGCUAAAUCCGGUCACACAGCUGAUUUUGAUAAAAGUGAAGAGAAUGAAAAAAAAAUGUGACAUGUGAAAUGAAAUUCAAACGCAGUUGAGACAACAAAAACAUUGAAGAAGAAGAAGCAGCAGCAGCAGUACAGACUGAAUGAAAGAGAGAAAAUAAAUAGUGACAAAAAGUGUAGCACAGAAACAAUGAAUGUUUGUCAUUCAGCAGUAUGCACCAGUAGUGAUCGUGUGUGAAUUUUGAUUUUGAGUGCAAAUUUUAUAUUUUCUGGAUGGAAUUUGAAAACUCAAUUAGCAUAUAAUUUUGUGAUAUGAUAGUGUAAAAUCUCGAACACUUGUGUUUAGUCGAGGAUUGACUAAACCAAACGUUUUGAUUUCGGUGGAAUCACACCGCAAAUGUGCACCACUUCCAUUUGCGUAUCCAAUUUGUGUACAGCGCUUAUUACAAAUAUUUAUUGUUGUUAUUUUAUUGAGAUAAGCCGAUAAAUUACCACGAAAUGAUGAUGAUAUAAAUGUGAUUUAAGUGUGACAACUGAGAAAAAAAUUAAGCUCAUUUUUGAUAAAACUCUGUUAUUUCAUUGUCACUACUCGUGAUUUAUGUGAAACACUAUAAUAACAACAGCAACAACAAGCGCCCACAACGACUACAUAGGGAUCAGGUGUUAUUAAAAGGAAAUCAUCCAUCCGGUGUGAGUUUCAGAACGUGAACAAUUCUUGAGAUGAAUACAACACUGUCGCCAAUCAUGGAUGAGACACUGCGUUACAUUUACUCUGAAGUUAUCGAACGUUACACACCUGAAUAUAUCAAAUCAAUUGAAUUUGAGUACACGCCAUGGGUAUUCUCAAUAUUGGGAUCCAUCGUAAUUGGACUUAGUGGAAUAUUUCCGUUGUUAAUCAUCCCGUUGGAUGCGGGCGGUUCCCAAUUUAAUGAUCCGGCUGAAUCAAAAUCUCUCAAGGUAUUAUUGAGUUUUGCCGUUGGUGGACUGCUUGGUGAUGUAUUUUUACAUUUGUUACCCGAGGCUUGGAGUUCUGAUCUUUCUCAAAAAACCGCAGGUAAAUACAGUCAAUUACAAUACAAAGAAAAAUUUAAACGGUUCUUGUUUUGUUUUUGUUUGCUUUGGUUCCGAACCAUAGAUGGUCAUCCAUCGAUGCGAAGUGGCCUUUGGGUAUUGGGCGGCGUUCUAAUAUUUACCAUUGUUGAGAAAAUAUUCUCGGGUUAUGUAAACGCUGACGAAAGCAAUCCACAACCAAAAUGUGUGGAAAUUGCAAAUUGUUUAUUACGAAAAAGUGGUGGAAAAAUUCCCGACAAUAAAGAUGGUUUGGUUUGUGCACAAAAUGGUUCGUGUGACAUUGAAGAUGUUCCAAAUGGAUGCUUUUUGGCCGGAAAAUCACACGAAAAGAAGGAAAAUCAACCGAAUAAAAUUGCCGGCUAUCUUAAUUUACUUGCCAAUUCGAUUGACAACUUUACGCACGGUUUGGCCGUGGCUGGAUCGUUCUUAGUUUCAUUUCGUCAUGGUCUAUUGGGAACGUUUGCCAUUUUGUUACACGAAAUUCCGCAUGAAGUGGGUGAUUUUGCGAUUCUAUUACGAUCGGGCUUUAGCCGUUGGGAUGCAGCCAAGGCGCAAUUAUUAACAGCUGGUGCCGGUUUGGUUGGUGCACUGGUUGCAAUUGGUGGUACAAAUGUGACGAGCGCAAUGGAAGCACGAACUUCAUGGAUUAUGCCAUUUACAGCCGGCGGUUUUUUGCACAUCUCAUUAGUUACCGUUUUACCGGAUUUACUCAAAGAGACCGAUUCACGAGAAUCAAUUAAACAAUUGUUCGCAUUAUGUGCUGGCAUUGGUGUUAUGGCUUUUAUGACAAUUGUUUUUGAAUCGUGAGCACACACUAUCACACUUUAAACGGUGUGUUUGUGCGUAUGUCGGCCAUCGAACUAUAUGGAAAAUAUGAAUCACAAGCUCAAGUCACACAGCAAAAAAAAAAAUAACAACAACAAUAUCAUUUAAAAUAAAAGUGGAGUGUAUUUACACCACUUUGCACUUGUAAAAUACUUUAGUUCUGAUAAUUACUCUAUUAUUACGUAUUUCUUAAAAAAAAAACACAAAGCAAUUAUUCUUAUUGUAUUUGUCACAUUAAGAAUUUCGAAUUGAAAGGGAACUGUUAAAUCAAAUUCUGUAGUGUGUAACUUGUGAACAAACUUUAGGCUAACCGUGAUUAAAUAGCAAAAAAUAAAUAAAUAAUUUGAUUAGAAAUGAAAAUUGUUUACAAAAAAAACAAGCAAAAUAUUUUGUAUAAAGGAAAGAACUGAACUGUAACCGACUAUAGGCAUACAAAAUCACUAAAAGAAAAUGAAACGAUGCAACAGACUUGAUCUGUUCCAUCCUAAGAAACAGAAAUUCAAACUGAACAAAUCUUUAAUAUAGUGAAUUUAGUUUCAUAACUGAUCAAUAUUCUUUUUUUGUAUAACAAUUAGUUAGUACAUAUUUGCCAUAUAUGACUCACAAAUAUAUUUCAACAUGCUCAAUUUGUUGCAAUGCAUAAUUUGGUUUAUGGUGCACGCCUUUGCCAGUAUGCAAAUCUAA